AUGCCGCAAGUACAAGAACAUCGACAGAGUGUGGUGCGAAUAGUAGUCCAGUUGAGGGCGUCACCAUUUGCACAGAUCAUCCUGGAUCAGGCUAUGGAGAAAAUCAAAAUGACGACAUGUUGGGCUGCAGCGGAUUGGUUCAACCAUCUUGGGAAUGGAACGAUUGACAGCUUUCAGAAGUUUACUGAGAUGUUUGUAGGGCGGUAUAUUAUUAAAAGUGUGCGACAAAGAACUUUAGGGGAAUUGAUGGCGAUUGAGCAGAAAGAAGAUGAGUCUCUAAGGGACUACAUUAGAAGGUUUAAUGUCGAGGCCAACACAAUCCCAAAGUUGCUGCAAGAAAUAGCGGUUAUGGCGUUGGUGAAUGGCCUUAACGACUUAGAGUUUAAGAGGUACUUGACCAGGAAGAAUCUGUCGACACUGGCAGUGGCUUUUAACAAAGCUCAUGAAUACAUAAAGAGUGAAGAAUUGAUGAAAACAAGCAGCCAAGUUGGUUCAGCCAAUAGAAUCAUCCUAUAUUGGAGGGAGGAUCUUCAGGAGGAGGAAGGCCGAAGAACCCGACCACAAUAA